UCUGUAUAUUUAAAUAGUCAUGGAAGUAUCACGUUUGCAACCGUGUAUUCAGUUGCAGCUUUCAAAUGAAGAGUUUCAAAAUAUCAUAGAUAAGGCUAAGGAUUGGGCACUUAUGCAUGGUAUUAGUAUUCGAUCAAAAGAAGCGUUUAACAAAAAUCAAGUACAGGUCUUACCAUUUACAUUAUUACCGUCAGCAUUUCCUAGAAAGAAUUUUGAGAAAGCAAAGAAUAUCCAAGUAUUAUUAAAUGAACUUAUACAUAAAGUUGCACAUAAUCAUAGUUUUCUUAGCAACAGUUUGAAGAGUACAAUUGACGCUGAUCCUUUUACAGCAAAAUUAUUUAGCAUUUAUGAAACUGUGCAUAAAGAAGGAUAUGGUCAGACUAUAAGUGUUGGUUUGCUUCGAUCGGAUUACAUGUUGCACGAGAAUGAGAUUAAACAGGUUGAAUUAAAUACUAUUGCAAGUAGUUUUGGGGGAAUAGCUACAGUUACUUCACGAUAUCAUAAGUACAUCUUAUCAGAAUUAGGACAUGCAGACAAAAUAGAACAUGUUCCAGAAAACAAUCCUAUUUCAGGACUUUGUAAAGGGUUAACAUAUGCAUGGAAAUUAUAUGAUAAUAAUCAGGCUGUGAUAUUAUUUAUUGUUGAAAGUAUUACAUACAAUAUAUGUGAUCAGAGAUUUCAUGAAUUUGAAAUUCGUAAGCUCAAUCCCAAUAUAAAGGUAAUUAGGCAGAGUUUACGAGAUCUAGUGCCUGUAACAAAACUGGGACCUAAUAACGAAUUAAUAGUUGGAAAUCAAGUAGUUUCUGUAGUCUAUUUCCGUUCUGGUUACGAAGUUGAAGCUUAUCCUACAGACGAAGAAUGGUCAGUUAGAUUACUGAUUGAACGUUCUCGAGCAAUAAAAUGUCCCUCGAUACAAUAUCAUCUAGCAGGCACUAAAAAGAUACAACAAUCUUUAGCAUAUCCUAAUGCAUUAGAUAUAUUUUUAAAAGAGACUGGUAUCAUAAAAGAAAUACAAGAAGUAUUUGCUGGUCUUUAUUCGCUAGAAUUUAAUGAUGAGGGAGACGCAAUCAUUGAAAAAGCUAAAGCAGACCCCCAAAAGUAUGUUCUCAAACCACAGAGAGAAGGGGGUGGAAAUAAUAUUUAUAAUGAGAACAUAAGGGAGCAAUUAGAAUCUAUGAAGUUUUUAGAAGAAAGAACAGGUUGGAUACUUAUGGAUCGUUUAUAUCCCCCAGUUCAAAAAAAUUAUAUUGUACGCGCUCAAAAUGAGCCAUUUGAAAAACAUAGCCUUUCUCUUUUUGAUGUUGUAUCAGAACUUGGCAUUUACGGUGUUGUAAUAGGGGAUCAUGAAAAUAUUAUGUACAAUGAAUGUGUAGGUCACAUUUUACGAACUAAACCGUCGAACGAAAAUGAAGGUGGCAUAGCAGCAGGAAAUGUACAAACAUAG